CAACUGAAUUGAAUCUUUUUGCGCGAAGUGGAAUUUCUGAACCUCGCAAUCAAGCAACAUCCAACAAAUCGAGGAACCUACCAGUUUCCCUUUCACCCACCACAUAACCUCCCUUCUCCGACAAGCUUCACAAUGUCGCAACCGACCACGCAGAAGAAGUUCGGAAAGUCCACUCGGGAGGUUCCUCACCCUUCCCAGCGGGCUCAGAAGUGGUACCCUGCCGAGGACGAGGCUAAGCCUAAGACUGUUCGCAAGGCUCUCCGACCCUGGGCCCCGCGAAAGUCUCUCCAGCCCGGCACCGUUCUUAUCCUCCUCGCCGGCCGUUUCCGAGGCAAGCGCGUAGUCCUCCUCAAGAGCCUCGACCAGGGUGUCCUCUUAGUCACCGGCCCCUUCAAGAUCAACGGCGUUCCCCUGCGACGAGUCAACGCUCGAUACGUCAUCGCGACCUCUUACAAGAUCGACCUCAGCGGAUUAGACGAGAGCAAGGUUAACGAGGUCGCACAAGCCCAGUACUUCACCCGAGACAAGGCUAAGGACAAGGCGAGCGAGGAUGCUUUCUUCAAGCAGGGCGAGAAGCCUCAGAAGAAGGAGGUCAACACCAGCCGAGCGGCGGACCAGAAGACCAUCGAUCAGGCUCUGAUCGCCAACAUCAAGAAGGUAGAUCUGCUUGCCAGCUACCUCGCGAGCUCUUUCAGCCUCCGAAAGGGCGACAAGCCUCAUGAGAUGAAGUGGUAGAUUCCGUGGGGCCGUAAGGGGGAAUGGGAUUUGCUUUAGAAAAUCACUUAAAUGACACUGCGGACGGCGGAUCGCGGAACUGGGCUGGCUCUGCCAAUUGCAUCUGGACGUUGAGGCAUCGGUCACAUUGAUUCUGGCGUCUGUAAUCGAGGUUCUAGUCAAUAAACGACUAUCAAGGCAA